AUGAAGAAGAAGAUUGUGCUGCCCUUGUGCUUGCUCCUCGUCAUCGUCCUCAUCAACGGCGGCUUUGAUUUGGUGGAGUGCCGACCACACCGCGGCCACCGGCUGCGCAAGGAUGACUACAUGAUGUUUGUGUUCGGGGACUCGUUGGUGGACGCCGGCAACAGCCCACCCACGGCUGCAGGCGACGACAGAGGGAGGUCGCGUCAAUGGUCCUACCCUUACGGCAGCUCCGACGAGGCUCACGGCAACCGCCCAACCGGACGCCUCUCCGACGGCCUCGUCCAAUCAGAUUUCCUAGCAAGGAUCCUGGGUCAAGCUGAAUCUCCACCCGCAUACAGGCUUCGUCAGCCCAACGAGGUUGACCCCUCCGGUGUCAACUUCGCAAUGGCAGGCUCCGGCGUCACAGCCCCGUCGUCGUCUCUGAAGAGUGGUGGGCCGCCGUCGCUUAGCAACCAGAUCGAUCAACUCAGUAGGCUGGUGAGGCACAGAAUCAUCGAGGACAAGGACCUGGACUACUCGGUGGCCCUCAUCGCCUUCACCGGCGGGCACGACUAUUCACGCCUCAACGUCGCCACAAGCUCCGACGACGUGAGUAGCUUAGAUACAUAG